CCCUGCGCAUCCCGCCCCUCACUAUAGUCACGGAGGCGGCAGCCAUGGACGAGCGCGAGGUGGCGGCGCUGCUGGCAGCAUCUGGGCAGAACGGACAACUAUUCCCCGCCCUGCUGCCGCCCGAGUCGCCGCCCGACGGCCGCCCGGUGCCCCGGAACGUGCACGUGGCUCGCGUGCCCGUGGACCAGCGGAGAGUCAGGCGGGCUGAUGCUGCCAAGAUGAGGAGAGCGCUGGAUAAGAGGGGUGAGGAUGGGAGAAGGGGUGAGGAUGGGAGAAGGGGUGAGGAUGGGAGAAGGGGUGAGGAUGGGAGAAGGGGUGAGGAUGGGAGAAGGGGUGAGGAUGGGAGAAGGGGUGAGGAUGGGAGAAGGGGUGAGGAUGGGAGAAGGGGUGAGGAUGGGAGAAGGGGUGAGGAUGGGAGAAGGGGUGAGGAUGGGAGAAGGGGUGAGGAUGGGAGAAGGGGUGAGGAUGGGGCUAGAGUGGAGAGUGAGCGUGGCUGGAGUGCCUUGACAGUGGGUCUGUACGUGAAGAAGGAAGACCUCUCAGAGGACUAUUACACGGAGGAGGGAGAGGAGGUGGUGGAGGAGGAGGGGGAUAAGCAUAGGCGAAGCGAAUGUGUGCCCUCCUUCAUGAACUGCACUCCAUCAUCUGAUGCCAUGGGAUGCCAUAUCAUCCUUUCACAUGUUGAGACAGCACAGCACAUCAUAUCAUUGGACUAUGCUCCUCGUUUUUCUUCCUCUGCUUCGCGUCCCAUCCAGUCCCCCGACACUCCACCCCACCGCUCUCCACUGUUCUCCACCAUGCCAGGUGGCACCAAUAUACAGAGGCCGUGGCCUUGGCACCAGGGUGCUGCAGAGAAUCCUCAGGUGAAUUUCCAAGCUGAUGUGCUCUGGGAGCUCCUCUCGCGGGGCAUUGGGGACAUCUCUGCUGUCGUGUGGCCCAACCAGCGAGCAUGCACAACACUCGGCACCGUCCACUCCUCCCCUUCUCGACCACCUCCUGCCCGCCUCCCCACCUCCUGCCUGCCUCCCCACCUCCUGCCCGCCUCCCCACCUCCUGCCCGCCUCCCUACCUCCUGCCUGCCUCGCCCCAUCCCGCCUGCCCCCUCCUCAGAGGCAGCAGAGGCAGCAGAGGCAGCAGAGGCAGCAGAGGCAGCAGAGGCAGCAGAGGCAGCAGAGGCAGCAGAGGCAGCAGAGGCAGCAGAGGCAGCAGAGGCAGCAGAGGCAGCAGAGGCAGCAGAGGCAGCAGAGGCAGCAGAGGCAGCAGAGGCAGCAGAGGCAGCAGAGGCAGCAGAGGCAGCAGAGGCAGCAGAGGCAGCAGAGGCAGCAGAGGCAGCAGAGGCAGCAGAGGCAGCAGAGGCAGCAGAGGCAGCAGAGGCAGCAGAGGCAGCACAUGAGGAAGAGCAUGAGGAGACAAGCGAGGUGCAGUGGGGGAGUUGGAGCAUGCACAUGCCACCGCCCCUGCACGUGCCUUACCCCCUCAAGGCGCCCCUGCCAGCCCUGGUGACUCAACAAGCGACAGCAGCAGUUGCUGCUGCUGAGGCACGGCCGGUGGCAGGGCAGCAGGCAGGGGGGGAGGCAGAGGGGCAACGAGGGGGCGUGAAAUUCCCGUGGGGGAGAUAA